CACACUUUCAAUUUCAAUCCACACAAGGGUAGGAGAAAAAAGCCAUGGCCGACAAGGUCCUGAAGGAGAAGAGGAGGCAGUUUGUCCGCUCAGUGGGCACAGGUACCAUAAAUGGCUUGCUGGAUGAAUUAUUAGAGAAAAGGGUGCUGAACCAGGAAGAGAUGGAGAAAGUAAGAGAUGAAAAUUCUACAGUUAUGGAUAAAGCCCGAGCUUUGAUUGAUGCUGUCAUUAGGAAAGGGCCCCAGGCAAGCCGCAUCUUCAUCACGCACAUUUGUAAUGAUGACUGCCACCUUGCACAGAUGCUGGAGCUCUCCUCAGGUCCACAAUCUGGAAAAGACUUGACUUUACAGGAUUCCCAAGCAGUGUUUCUUUCCUUCUCAGCUGCCUGGCAACACACCAGAUUCAAGACCAUGUCCGUCCCUCCUGAAGGAUUUGCCCAAAUCCAGUUCCAAAAUCAGCCUUUCUACCUUGUGGAGAUUGUAUGGAUUUAUCCAGUGAUGGAAAAGUCGAUGAACCGCACACGUCUUGCUCUCAUUAUCUGUAACACAGAGUUUGACAAUCUUCCUAGAAGGUCUGGAGCUGAUGUUGAUAUCAGAGAUAUGAAGAAGCUGCUAGAAGAUCUGGGGUACAGUGUGGAUGUAAAAGAAAAUCUCACUGCUUCGGACAUGACUACAGAGUUGAGGGCCUUUGCUGCCCGCCCAGAGCACCGAACCUCUGACAGCACUUUCCUGGUGUUCAUGUCUCAUGGUAUUCAGAAAGGCAUCUGUGGGAAGAGAUACUCUGAACAAGACCCAGAUGUGUUAGGAAUCAAUGAAAUAUUUCGAAUGUUGAACACCUGUAACUGUCCAAAUUUGACAAAUAAACCCAAGGUGAUCAUCAUCCAGGCCUGCCGUGGUGAGAACCAUGGGGUGGUGUGGUUAAAAGAUUCAGUACGAGCCUCUGGAAACUUAUCCUUACAGACUUUAGAAGAUUUUGAGGAUGACGCCAUUAGGAAGGCCCACAUAGAGAAGGAUUUUAUUGCUUUCUGCUCUUCGACACCAGAUAAUGUUUCCUGGCGACAUCCUACACGGGGCUCUCUUUUUAUUAUGAAGCUCAUUGAGAAUUUCCAACAACAUGCCUGGUCCUGUCACCUGGUGGAAAUUUUCCGAAAGGUCCAAUUUUCAUUUGACCUACCAGAUGGUAGGGCACAGAUGCCCACCACUGAAAGGGUGACUUUGACAAGACUUUUCUACCUCUUCCCAGGACAUUAACAUAACAAGCCAGGAGUGCUGCCAUUCUGUACCU